UUCCUCCGCCCCGUUUUCUUUCUCCUCUAUGCGACUUUGUUUUUUUGUUGGUUACCUCGUUCGUUCUUUCUCUCUCUUGCCUAUUCCCUCUUUACUUUGGCUUCUUCUUCCUUCUUUUCUUGCGCAUCUAUGGACUUGGAUUUUCGAAUUCACUUUCUCAGUUUUGGAUGAGACAGUGUUGUUCAGUUCGACAAUGCCAACUCACCCACCGUUGUUGACCUCCGCGCAUCACCACUAGAUAACAGACUAGAUGCUCGUCUCCAGGCUUUCGAGGUCUCUCGCCUCGACCAACUCACUCGGCCAUGCUCACACAAGACGCCGCUCAUUCCAUCAGAGCCCUGCGUCGCUCAAAUUCGUACCCGCCACACACCUGCUUCUUAUACCCGUGGCCGAAAGCCUCACGGCUUUCCAGAAAUGGAGCUCGGGGAAAGGAGCAUUUGUGUCCCAGGUACAAAAAGGUUCCGCCCUUGACAGCCGCAACUUCCGCGCCGUCGGCACCCUCCAUAUGACGGUGGCGGCCAUGCAUCUUACCACCGAAGAGCACGUGCGAGGGGCAUGUAAGUUCCUCAAGUCCCUCGACAUCGGCGCCAUCAUGCGCCGGGUUGAACAGGAGAUCAUCCGACAAGCAGAGGGGUACAUCCCCGCCGAGCCCACGUCAGAGGAGAAUCCUCGAUUUGCGCCUUACCGAGAAAUCCGCCAUCAGCCGCUCGUAGUCUCCUCAUUCGAGUCCGUGGGUGCCCUGCCCUACCCCGACAAGGCCACGACGCUCUUCGCCUUUCCCGUCGAUCCGUCCCGGCGUCUACACCUGUUCAUGAGAUCCGUGCGCCACAUGUUCAUGCAGGCCGGCUUCUUGAAAAGUGAUACCGAGGAGAUCUUCACGGUCGACCAGCCCCUGCAGGAUCAGUCGAGCGGCAGCUGCAGCCGCAGCCGCAGCCGCAUCAGUAGUAGUUCCGCGGUCGAGCAGCCCAGUGAACGCGAAUUCAAAUGGAGAGCAUCAAAGGUCCACGUCACCAUCGCAGGUACCAAUUAUUUCGAUGAGUCUGGGCGGAUGGUAAGGCGCUAUGUUGACGUGCGCGACAUCCUUUCGCGGUUCCAAGACUACUAUCUCGACGAAGAGAAGACGAUACCACGCUGCGAGCGGAUGACAUUCACAAGUGGGAGUGUCGAAUGGGAUAAUUUCAAUACGAUUUUGAAAGAAGAGGAGGAGAAGGAACGAGCUGGGCUGGAGGAUCGCGACGUGAAGCCGCUGCCAGGGUUACCCUCGGAACCCGAAGCUGGUCCCGGAUCUCAGUCGCCAAUUCCGGCCAAGCCAUUGCCUUUCGUCUGGGCCAGAGACAUCCGCCUUGAUUCACUGCAAUUAGUCACUGCGACUACCGAACCGUGUGAUCCGCCAAUUCCCAAUGUCAGGUCUAAUAGGCGUUAUCGGGUUAUUGCGGAGACAAGUUUACUAUAAACAGGAUAAUAAUACCCCCCAAGAGGAUUGGCCGCAGAGUAGAGAGUGGAUGUUGAGCUUUCCAUAAAAAGGCCGGGUUAUCUCUCUUCCCUGAGUAUGUCGAUAUACCUACGGAAGACUUGCCUCAGAAGUGGAAGGGCGUACUCGUGUGAUCAGUUUAGUGAAGUCUUGCAAGAACGGGCCUUUUCACAUUCGAGACAUCGAAAAUGUUUUCGAUGUGACCAAUGGUGUAAAUACAUCGAGGAAAACAUAGCAUACAGCCCUUUGUAUAUAGAUGCGGAUUUAUAAGCAACUACCCAAAACCCUUCAGGACGG